UCUUGUGAAAUCUUAAUCCAAUACAACCCCUAAUAUAAAUAUUCACACAACACCGUGUUCUUGAUAUAUUGAUUCUUCACUCGUUUUGUUUAUUAGAAACUCGAAAACUCUCUCGCUUCGAUUCAUUUUUCUCAUUCUGUAUCCCAAUCGCAUUCAUUCCAUAACUGCAUCGUUCGAUUUCUCUUUCGCUACAUCCAAUUUUGCAUUCUCUCUGCGUUUCAAUCAUGCCUAGAGGUGUAAUUUCUGACGACGAAGAUGAGGUUGAGGUCGCUAUGGAAGAGAGAGAGCCUGUUGAUGGUGAAGAAUUGGAGGAAGAAGGUCGUGAGAUGGAUGACGAUGAUGAGGAUGAAGAAGAGGAAGGGCAGGAUGAAUAUGAAAAGGAUGGAUUUAUAGUUGAUGACAUUGAGGAAGAAGAGGAGCACGAUGAAGAAGAAAGAGCAGAAAGUGACGAAGAGCGUCAGAAGAAGAAAAAGAGGAAGAAAAAGGAGGAGUAUGUCCUUGAUGAAGAUGAUUAUGAGUUGCUGGAGGACAAUAAUAUCAAUAUUCAUCGUCGAAAGGACAGCAAAAAGUUCAAGCGACUGAAAAAGGGCCAAAGGGACACUGAGGAGGGGCACUCUGGACAAGAUGAUGAAGAGGAGUUUUUUCGAAGUGGUAAAGUUGGGCGAACUGCCGAGGAGAAGCUUAAACACAGUUUAUUUGGCGAUGAUGAAGGAUCUCAUCUUGAAGACAUUGCUGAAGAGGAGGAGCAAGUAGAAGAGGAGGAGGAUGCCGACAUCGGAGAUGAAGAUGAAAUGGCCGACUUUAUUGUGGAUGAAGAAGAAGUUGAUGAGAACGGAGCCCCUGUGAGUAAGACUAGGAAGCCGAAGGGUGUAAGAAGGAUUAGGCAGGCGCCUGGAGUCUCAUCUUCAGCUUUACAAGAAGCUCAAGAAUUAUUUGGCGAUGUCGACGAGUUGCUUGAGGCUCGCCAUCAAAGUCGAGAAAAGAAUGAUUAUAAAGAGACUAGACUUGAAGAUGAAUUUGAGCCUAUUGUUCUCUCUGAGAAAUACAUGACAGAGAACGAUGAUCGGAUUAGGGAGCUUGAUAUUCCAGAGAGAAUGCAGAUAUCGGAGGAGAGUACUGGUGCUCCUUCACUGGAUGGAAGUAGUAUAGAUGAAGAGAGUCAGUGGAUAGUUAAUCAACUUAAAGAUGGGGCAGUCCCUUGGAUUGGCAAGAAAGAUUCAAGCUCUCAAGAUAAGGAGCUACCAAUUGACAAGGAUGAUAUUGUCAGAUUUUUGGAACUGCAUCACGUGCAAAAAUUAGAUAUUCCUUUUAUUGCCAUGUAUCGGAAAGAGGAGUGUUUAAGCUUAUUGAAAGACCUGGAGCGGCCUGAAGCUGGUGAUGAGAAUUCGGAUAAGAAUGACAAGACACCUACUCUAAAAUGGCACAAGAUACUUUGGGCUCUACAGGACCUGAACAGGAAGUGGUUGCUUCUUCAGAAGCGGAAGAAUGCCCUCCAACAAUACUACAAUAAACGGUUUGAAGAAGAGUCUCGUCGUGUAUACGAUGAAACAAGACUAAACUUAAAUAGGCAAUUGUUUGAAUCAGUUAUGAGAUCACUGAAAGAGGCAGAAUCAGAGAGGGAGGUUGACGAUGUUGACUCCAAGUUCAACUUACAUUUCCCACCAGGUGAAGCUGGUGUUGAUGAAGGACAGUACAAAAGGCCAAAACGGAAGUCAAUGUACAGCUCUUUCAGUAAGGCGGGUCUGUGGGAGGUUGCAAGCAGGUUUGGCUGUAGUUCUGAGCAACUUGGAUUAUGUCUAUCUGUAGUUCAGCUGCAAGAGUUGGAAGACCCAAAGGAAACACCAGAAGAGGUGGCUUCUAACUUCACAUGUGCUAUGUACAAUACCCCUGAAGAAGUACUUAAAUGUGCUAGACACAUGGCAGCCGUUGAGAUAAGUUGUGAGCCUAGCAUAAAGAAACAUGUCCGUAGCCACUUUAUUGACCACGCUGUGGUGUCAACUUCCCCUACUGCCGAUGGAAAUAUAACCAUAGAUUCAUUCCAUCAGUUUUCUGGGGUGAAGUGGCUGCGAGAGAAGCCUUUGUCUAAAUUUCUGGAUGCCCAAUGGCUCCUUAUACAGAAGGCAGAAGAGGACAAACUCAUUCAAGUUACUAUUAAGUUUCCUGAAGAGCAUCUUAACAAGUUAAUAGACCAAUUCAAUGAGUAUUAUGUUAGUGAUAGUGUUAGCAGAUCUGCUCAAUUGUGGAAUGAACAGAGGAAGCUGAUACUUCAGGAUGCAAUUUUUCGAUUUCUUUUACCAUCAAUGGAAAAAGAAGCAAGGGGCGUCUUAGCAAGCAAAGCAAAGCAUUGGGUACUUAUGGAGUAUGGGAAGGCCUUUUGGAAUAAGGUUUCUGUGGGGCCUUAUCAACAGAAGGAAAAUGAUCUUAGCUCGGAUGAUGAGGCUGCUCCUAGGGUUAUGGCUUGCUGUUGGGGCCCCGGAAAGCCACAAACAACUUUUGUUAUGUUAGAUUCUUCGGGAGAAGUGCAAGAUGUGUUAUACACUGGGUCACUUACUUUAAGGUCUCAGAACGUCCAUGACCAACAAAGGAAGAAGAAUGACCAGGAACGUGUCUUGAAGUUUAUGACAGAUCACCAACCACAUGUUGUUGUUUUAGGAGCAGCUAACUUGUCUUGCACUCGUUUGAAAGAAGAUAUAUAUGAGGUUAUUUAUAAGAUGAUCGACGAAAACCCUAGAGAUGUUGGGCAUGAUAUGGAUGGGCUCAGCAUUGUGUAUGGAGAUGAAUCUCUGCCCCGUCUUUAUGAAAAUUCUCGAAUUUCCUCUGAACAGCUUCCUUCGCAGCAGCUAGGUAUAGUGAGACGGGCUGUUGCUCUUGGUCGAUUUCUCCAGAACCCAUUGGCAAUGGUUGCGACAUUAUGUGGGCCCAGAAAGGAAAUAUUAUCAUGGAAAUUGAGCCCUUUGGAGAGUUUCCUCAACCCGGAUGAUAAAAUUGGGAUGGUUGAGCAGGUUAUGGUAGAUGUGACCAAUCAGGCUGGCUUAGACAUUAAUUUAGCAAUAAGCCACGAAUGGUUAUUUGCUCCGUUACAAUUUAUUUCGGGGCUUGGUCCACGAAAGGCUGCAUCCUUGCAAAGAUCACUGGUUAGAGCUGGCGGAAUUUUUACCCGGAAGGACUUUUUGACAGAACAUAAACUUGGUAAAAAGGUGUUUGUCAACGCGGUUGGUUUCUUGCGUGUCCGGCGAAGUGGAUUGGCUGCUAGCAGCAGCCAAUUUAUUGACUUGUUGGAUGAUACACGAAUUCAUCCAGAAUCGUAUAUUCUUGCACAGGAGUUGGCCAAAGAUGUGUAUGAGGAGGAUGGCACAGGUGAUGCAAAUGAUGACGAUGAUGCACUAGAGAUGGCCAUAGAACAUGUGAGAGAUCGACCUAGUUAUUUGAAAAACCUGGAUGUUGAGGCAUACGCUGCUGCAAAUAAUCGUCAAGACAAAAUUGAAACUUUCUAUGAUAUUAAAAGAGAAUUGAUUCAUGGUUUUCAAGAUUGGCGUAAGCAAUAUGAAGAACCAAGUCAGGAUGAGGAGUUCUAUAUGAUAUCAGGUGAGACUGAAGAGACUCUUGCUGAAGGUAAAAUAGUCCAGGUUACAGUUCGCCGAGUGCAAGCUCAGAAAGCAAUAUGUGGUCUUGAAUCGGGAAUGACUGGAAUCCUUAUGAAAGAAGACUAUACAGAUGACUGGAGAGAUAUAAUUGAAUUAUCUGAUAGGCUACAUGAAGGUGACAUGCUCACGUGUAAAAUCAAGUCAAUUCAAAAGAACAGGUAUCAAGUCUUCCUUGUUUGUAAAGAUAGUGAAAUGAGAAGUGAUCGGUUACAGAGCAACCAUGAUUUCGAUCCCUAUUACCAUGAAGACCGGAGCUCCUUACCGAGUGAGCAAGACAAAACCCGGAAAGAAAAGGAGCGUGCAAAGAAGCAUUUCAAGCCAAGGAUGAUUGUUCAUCCACGCUUUCAGAACAUAACUGCAGACGAAGCAAUGGAGUUCUUGUCGGACAAGGAUCCUGGUGAAAGUAUUUUCCGUCCUAGUUCCCGGGGUCCUUCAUACCUUACUUUGACUCUUAAAAUUCACGAUGGAGUAUAUGCCCAUAAAGAUAUAGUUGAAGGUGGGAAGGAACUCAAGGAUAUCACAAGUUUACUUCGAAUCGGAAAGACACUAAAAAUUGGAGACGACACUUUUGAGGAUUUAGAUGAGGUUAUGGACCGAUAUGUUGAUCCCUUGGUGACUCACUUAAAAACAAUGUUAAAUUAUCGCAAGUUCAGGACGGGUAUGAAAACAGAAGUUGAUGAACUUUUGAGGAUUGAAAAGGCAGAGUAUCCCAUGCGCAUAGUUUAUAGUUUUGGCAUCUCCCAUGAACAUCCUGGCACAUUUAUAUUGACUUACAUAAGAAGUACAAAUCCACACCAUGAGUACAUUGGUCUUUAUCCCAAAGGAUUCAGGUUUCGCAAAAAGAUGUUCGAGGAUAUUGACCGGCUUGUGGCAUAUUUUCAAAGGCACAUUGAUGAUCCACAAAAUGAUUCAGCACCUUCCAUUAGAUCUGUAGCUGCAAUGGUGCCAAUGCGAAGCCCUGCAACUGGUGGCUCAUCAGGGACAUCUGUGGGUAGUGGCUGGGGUGGUUCCAACAGCGAGGGUGGCUGGAGAGGUCACUCGUAUGAUAGGGACCGAUCUUCUACUCCUGGUUCCAGAACAGGACGGCCUGAUUACAGAAACAAUGGGAGUCGAGAUGAACACCCUAGUGGAGUGCCUCGUCCAUAUGGUGGUGGACGAGGGCGUGGUCGUGGUUCUUAUAACAAUAGCAGUAGAGGACACAACUCCAACAAUGAAAGGCAUGAUGGUGCAACCAGAUGGGGAUCUGCUGCUACAAAAGACAGGGAUGAUAAUUUGAGCAACUUUCCAGGGGCUAAGGUUCAAAAUUCCCCCGGAAGGGAAGCAUUUCCUGGUAGUUGGGGUGGAACCGGUGGCUGGGGAGGUGGAGCUAGUACUGGCGACAAAAGUGGCUGGGGUGCUGGUCCAAGCGAUGCUGAACAUGGAAGCUCUGGCUGGGGAACUGGUUCCAAGAAGGCUGCUGACAUUGGAUGGUCUGGAAACUGACUGACUGUGGCGGCUCUGGCUGGUGAACCUUCAGAACUUUGUUUAGCUUACAGGAAGGGGUUGUCGUUUGAUUUGUAGUUUGAUUCAAAGGAACAAGGUUGUCAGUAUCUUUCUAUAGUGGUUGGUUGGUCUUGAGUAAGCACUUGCUCAGACUUUCCAAGUCUCAUUAUUGUAACCAAUAUUCCACAAGGUUUUCAAUAUCUAGUUUUUACGUAA